AUGAUUGAUGAUGAUUCUAAUUUUCAGAAUAUGUUGUCGCUUGUUUAUCCCCUUGGUGUUGACCAGGUUGAUGUGACUAUUACUGAAAUGGGCAUUUCAAAUGAAAAACAUGGAGUUAGAGAAUCAAGGGACGCUACUGGAUCCAACAUUACUAAUGAUGAAAUGGAUUUACUCCCUAUGUUUUGUCAACAUGAAGAAAGGACUUUGUUGUCUUGUGGAUGGGUGAAUGGAAUUACUCAUGUAGGUCAAAGAUUUAUUGGAGGUGCAAAGGAUUUCCGGACUGCAUUAUGUAAAUAUGCCAUUGAGAUAGGAUUUGAGUUUGUGUAUGCGAAGAAUGAGAAGUGUCGGGUCACUGCUGUGUGUUUAAUGCGGGAGUCGAAAGCUUGUUUAUGGCGAGUACAUGCAUCUCUAGAAAGUGCUAAUAAUUUUUUCUACAUUAGGACUCUACAUGAUGAGCAUACUUGUGGAGCUGCAGUUCGCACUUCUAAAAACUCAAGGAUGAGUUCAAAUUUGGUUGCAAGUUUGAUCGUUAAUGAAGUUUGUGGGAAUCCCCAAACUCAUCCAAUUGAUGUUGUGCGUCAAUUUACAGAUCAAUACGGGCCCACUAUUACGUACAAUCACGCUUGGUUAGGAGUUGAGAAAGCUAGGACUACUACUUUUGGAGAUUUCUCUAUGUCUUAUGAUGAGAUUCGAUGGUAUAUGGAUAUUGUGAUGAACACAAAUCCUGGUAGCUAUUUGCGUCUUGACUAUAACCAUCAUAGUGGACGGUUCAAGAGGUUUUUUGUUGCAUUUAAUGCUUCCAUUCAAGGGUUUAGGCAUUGUCGUCCUCUAUUGUUUAUUGAUGAAACUUUUCUGAAGGGGAAAUAUAAGGGCACCUUGUUAAAAGCUACAGUGAAUGAUGGGGAUCAAGGUUUUUUCCCUCUUGCAAUGGCAAUUGUCGAUACAGAGACUACAGACAGUUGGGACUGGUUUUUUAUGCAUUCGUCGAAUAUAUUAUUGGAUGAAAGACCAAUUACCUUCAUAUCUGAUUGGAACGCUGGACUUUUGGAGGCUUUACCCAAGGUUUUACCUACUGCUUACCAUUAUUUUUGUCUCCAACACUUGAAGGCCAAUUUGAAAGAUAGGUUCUCUGGUCCAAGUUUCAGCAAUACUUUCAGGAGUAUAAUAGUUUUUUUGUUUUCUUUGUGUGCUUACGCUCCGACAGUGGGAUGA